GAAUGCACUCAAUAUGUCAUAAAUUAUAAUUUGAAACAACGAUUGCAUAAAAUGUGGAUCUGAUUCACUCAAGACAUCACUACUUACAACAGUAUAGCAUCUGUCAACUGAUCCCGAGAUGAUUAAAGCGAUUCUUGUGUUCAACAACUAUGGAAAGCCUCGUCUCUCCAAGUUUUACCACUUCUACCCCGAAGACAUGCAGCAACAGAUCAUUCGCGAGACUUUCCAAUUAGUGUCCAAACGGGACGAAAAUGUGUGCAAUUUUCUGGAAGGCGGAAGUCUUAUCGGUGGAUCAGAUUAUAAGUUAAUUUACAGACAUUACGCCACUCUUUACUUUGUAUUUUGUGUGGAUUCGUCUGAAAGCGAAUUAGGAAUUCUGGAUCUGAUUCAGGUUUUUGUGGAAACUUUAGACAAAUGUUUUGAAAAUGUGUGUGAAUUGGAUCUGAUUUUCCACGUCGACCGGGUCCAUCACAUCCUUAAUGAGCUCGUGAUGGGAGGUAUGGUUUUGGAGACCAAUAUGUCUGAAAUCACUAAUAGAAUUGAGGAACAAAUCAAGAUUGAGAAACAAGAAGCCGGUAUAAGUGCAGCGCCCGCUCGAGCCGUCUCUGCCAUGAAGUCGAUUAAUAUUCCUCAACAGAUCAAAGACAUGAAGUUACCAGACCUGCCAAAUAUGAGCUCGCUCAAAUUCUGA